AUGACCUUUGCAAAACUAAGCUCCUUCUUUGCUGUCUGCGUGAGCACGGAAUUCAAUGCCGAUCUCAGCACUGUCAUCCUCUGUAGCUUGACCAACGAGGGCCUGUCAAAUUGUGCUUUCUUGGCUGUUAAAGUUUCCUUGGUCUUCCCAAUUACUACUGGAAUAUUGUUCAUACUGUGCUUUACAAGUUUCGUUAUCACCAGCUUCAUGGAUCCUGGAAUUCUACAACAAGGCUCACAUAUAUCAAUGCAUGAAAGUCUUGACCCUAAAGUUGUGAAAGUCAAUGGCAAGAUAUUUUGUUUGAAAUGGUGCAGAGUGUGUCAAUUCUAUCGCCCACCCCGCUGUUCACACUGCAGACUCUGCAACGUCUGUAUAGAGGAUUUCGAUCACCAUUGCAAAUGGGUGAAUAACUGUAUUGGGAGAAGGAAUUAUCGCUUUUUUUUCCUCUUUGUCUUCUUUCUUGUCCUUUACAUGCUGACUAUUUUGGGAUCCUGCAUCACGUACCUUAUUCUCAACCACCACGAGCCAAUGACAACAGAGAAGGGCACCACGUAUCCUUGCAUUGUGACUUAG